AUGGGAGAGCCCCGACAGGUUAGGGAAGCGUUUAACGCUGCAGACGAAUUCUUGGAUCCCAUUCUUAAACGAGAGGAGAUCCAGAAAUCUCGUGGAAGCUCUCUUUUGGAGAUUCUAGGCAGAAAUUUGCACGUUGACAUUGCCGAUGAUGCAUCAACGAGGGCCGUUGUCAUCGGAAAAGCAUUAGACAUUCUCUUGCACAUCCAUGCCGGAUUUGUCACGCCAGUAAAGGAUGCCAGUGAGCUUGUUCAAACCGACGAAGGGACACAGGAUGCCGCUUUGGAAGAUGCGAAGCGGCGUCGAAUGCUCCAUGCACUACUAGAUCUUAUUUCUCUGGAGGGAAUCUACCCGUCGCUAUCAGCAGGAGUGGGAAUACCUCUUCAGCAGAGAGUCAUCUCUGUUCUUCCAGCUGGAGUUAUUGCCAAACAACAAUCAAAUGCGUCUUCGAAAGACAAGCCUCGUGAUGAAGUGCUUUUAGACCGUAUAUUGGCAACGCUUUCUGACAUUAUUCUUGAUGUACGGCCCAGCAUACAGCCCGUAAUCCGGGUCCGUAUCCUAAGCGAUAUAAUAAGUGGCUCAUCGGACCUUGCUUUCAACUCGACGAUGAUAUCUACAGGUAAAAAGAAUCACUAUCAAAAUGUCUUCGACAGAGUGAUUGAAGAAACCCCUAGCCCAGUACUUUUAUCAACAUUAUCUACCUUCCUUCAGCCCGAUCCAGCAACGUGGUUUAAGGGAAUCAUCUCUGGUCAACUUUCGCGGGUCCCUUUACGUCAGGAUGGGGUUUUGCAAACCAUACUCUUCAUUGCUUCACAGUUUGCUCCUUCACUUGGACAGGAAGCACAGACUCAAGCAUCCAAUGGGCCACAUUUUACUGUGCAGGCCAUUAUGCAAAUAUCGCGGCUACUUUCAUCGGUGCCCCAAGAAAUGAACCCAACGGUUUACUUUUCCACUAUUGCCCCGCAGUUGCUGGCAUUGAUUGAUGGCGACGAUAUCGACUUGAGAAAGACUGCAUCAUAUGUUGUCGGUAACGGUAUAUUGGGCAAGCGGGCUUAUGGAGCCACUGGAACGAUUGGGCAUUCAAUUUUCGUGGAUCCCAUUUUCAAGACGCUCACUGCCAGUCUAGAUGGUCCUUCGAAAACCUGGAUUAGAACUUCUGAUGCCAAAAAUGGAGAUUCGCAAGGUACAAUACUUGUUGACCAGGCAUUAGUAUGUUUAGCAGUUGACAGGCUCAGGAGUUUGGCGCUUCAGCACCCAAACCCAGGCCUUGUUAAAAGACUCGUUUAUCCUGUACUUCUGCCUCUUUGGGGCUUGGCUUGCUAUACCCUGGAGCAGCAACGGAAUAUUCUCCAUGAAAAGGUUAUGGCCUUGCUACAGACAUACUUUGGAAUAUCAGUUGGUGCGCAGCCACUUAAGAAGCUUGUUGAUAAUCUACUUUGGGAUGGCGGCCAUACCUGGACUUAUAGUCUGGGCGAACAAGAUGGUGUAUUGCUGAAAAAGCGUGAUACUACCAAUACUAAUCAAUUCAACUUGGUGCAAUUGAUGGACUCACUACAAUCUCGGGCCGAGCUUUUCGUUGGUUUGCUAGGCUCGGAUCCCAGUAGCGAGGAGAGGACUGGUGACAUCUUCCUCUAUGUGAGCGAGACCUGGCUUGCAAACCCUUCGGACGACGGUAGAUCUUUCAGUCAACUCCAAUUUCCACCCGAAAAAGAAAACUCAUCCGACGCUAUUUUCCAGAAGUUAGUCAGUGCCAAACUAGCAGAGAAGUUACUAGAUAACUUCAGGGACACCCUUUCCCGUCGCCCUCUUAGAGUUCUUGAGCUCAUAAAACACUUGAUUGACGGUGAACUUAACCGAGCAACCACGCAACGCAAGUGUUCCGGGAGGCAAAGGACUGGAGGCGUAUCACUUUCAUCUCUGGCGAACAUCGUCCCCAGUGAAGGCACCGAACAAGCAGAAGCUUCUGCUGAGGAUUCGACCGAAUCACUCUCAACUGUGUUCAGUUUAUUAUCUACUGUCCUCGCCUCACCUGAGUUCACUGCCUCGCAAGAAAUCCAUCCAAUUCUUGGCGACAUCAAGUCGCAGCUAGAUAAUCUUAUUCCCUAUCUUCCAUCAUCAUUGUCGAAGCCAGGAACCACUGCCACCAUGCUCUUGGACAUUCACAUUACUUCAACUGAUGAAACCACCCCUGAAAAGAUACCGACUCAUAUCUCUGAUCUUGAAACCCACCGUCAAGCUUUGACUAACCUCAAUUCCGAUCUUCCCCCAGUUCAGGCAGAGGGAUUCUCCCUUCUCUCUAAUUUGAUAAUGAAAUCUUCACCUGUUCUCGAUAUUCCGUCUACCCUUACUCUUCUAUUGACUAUCAUAACAGACACGUCUGAAGCUAUGUCUAAUGAGGAAUUUAUCUACUUGAAUGCGAUCAAGUUGGUUGGCACAUUGGCUUCGAGGCAUCCACGUACAGUAGUCAAAACUCUUGUCGAGCGCUAUACCGAUAAGAACGAAAGCAUCAACCUUGAUAAGAGAUUGAAGAUUGGUGAAUCUCUGCUACGGACUGUUCAAGACCUUGGAGAGGCCUUAACGGGUGAGACAGCCAAAACUCUAGGAGAUGGUAUGGUCACUGUUGCGGGACGACGCGGACACAAACCGCAGGCCCAGGAAGCCCGAAAACAACAGAUUGAGAAAGAAAGGCGACAGGAAGAACGCGAGGAUCAUCAGAAAAAGAAAGAUGAAAUUUCUUUACCUCCAGGCUUUAACAUCUCUACUCCUGCAUCCUCGUCAGAGCCAGGGGCAGGUAUUGAGGAUGAUGAUUCCGAAACCGAAUCGCCCGAGCAAGCUGCCAAUGCGGCGAACAUAUUUGCUGCCUGGGCUGCAGGUGCGGCUUCAGAUGAGGAGCCCGAUGAUCUUCGCGUUCGUGCUUCCGCAAUAUCCAUCCUCGCAUCCGCGGUGCAAACCAACAUCGCUGGGCUGGGGCCCUCUGUUACCUCAUCAGCAGUAGACCUUGCCCUCUCAACCCUUACGUUGGAACCAGCCCCUGAGUCUGCAAUCAUUCGACGGGCGAGUGUUGUCUUGCUUCUCGACAUUCUCAAGGCACUUGACACUGCUCGUGAAACACGCGGAACAGAUCUAGGCUUUGGUUUUUCACUCACAGACGAUGCUUCCUGGGGUAGUAACACCAACAACACCAACAUACGUGGACCUACUACAAUUGGAAAUCUUCCUUAUAUGCUUCGCGCAUUACACUUUGUGGAGAGCCGGGAGACGGAUACCAUUGUACGAGGCCAUAUCCGGGUGCUCAUAGAGAGUUUGGAGGCCUGGGUGGAAAAGUCUCUGUUAUGGGGUAUCGGAGUUCACGGGGAACAUGGGGAGGAGAAAGAACCUCAACUCGAGCUUGGGUAUAGAAUUGCUGGUCUCAGUGUUGAUCCGAUGGCCGGUAAAGAUGGAGGUGGACGACCAAAGAUUGAGGAAAUCGAGUGA